AUGACGGCCAUCACACAAAACCUGCCGUGGUUCGUCAAGGACCUCGGCGUGUCCAUUGUCGGCGAGAAAUGCUACCGGUCCAUCGUCGAAAACCUCAACUUUAGCGAUGCCGACUGCCUCAAGUACUGCCUCUCCAAGGGCCUUGGCAUUGGCAUCGUUGUCGGUGGAUCCAUCAUGAAGGUCCCUCAGCUCCUCCUCAUCGUUUCCGCGCGGUCCGCGCGCGGCCUCUCCCUGCCCGCAUACGUCCUCGAGACGCUCUCGUACGCAAUCACGCUCGCGUACUCGUAUCGCAAUGCCUUCCCGUUCUCCACCUACGGCGAGAACUUCUUCCUCACCCUCCAGAACAUCGUCAUCACCCUCCUCAUCGUGCACUACAACCCCCCGCCGUCCCUCGCGAGCACCCCGGCCGCUGCGCGCGCAACUCAGGGCGCGCUCGGUAUGGCCGCGGCUGCGGCUGCACUCGUGGUCGUGCCCCCCAGCGCACUCGCGGCGUGUCAGCUCGCGACGCUCCCCCUUAGCCUGUUCUCGAAGCUGCCCCAGAUCCGGCAGAACCACCGGGCGCAGAGCACCGGGCAGCUCUCCGCGUUCGCGGUCGUCGCCCAAGUCGUCGGCUGCCUCGCCCGCCUCUUCACCACCGCGGCGGAGGUCGGAGACCCGAUCCUCAGCGCUGGGUUCGCGCUCGCGCUCGCGCUGAACGUCGUGCUCGGGGUGCAAAUGUGGCAGUACUGGGGCAAGGAGGAGAGGGAGGAGAAGAUCGAGAUGGGCCAAUAUGGAGUCGGGGCGAGGGCGGAGGAGAAGGUGGGCGUGCAGUGGGCGCAGGUGCCGCAGCGGGUCGAGGUCGUCGUGCCGCCGGCGUCGCCGAGCGGGCGGGCGAGCCCGCGGCCGAGCCCGAGGAGAUGGUCGCGCAAGGUGGAUUGA